UUGAGUAGUGCAGUUGUCAAGUUAGCUGUUUCUAUCAGAGUUAGUUAGCGUUUGUGUGUCGUACUCUGGUUUAAUCGCUUCACCGUUUGUUGAAAAGUACUCCACUCUACAUUAUGGCUGGUAUUAGUUAGGCUAAGAAUGUACAUUUUCCGUUCGGGUUGCUAACAUCAGCUGACAGAGCAGGCUUUCCAGAGCUUUUCGUAAGAGUUGUAUGUAAGUGUUAGCUGUGCAGUUCACUGACCCUCGGCUACAUGGCGACUUAGCAACACUGUUUCACAUCUCCAAAGGCCGGAGAAGCGUCAUCAUUUUGCGGGUUUGUGUUUUUUUAAGCAAACAUGUCUCAGCUUGCUGACUCUGACGAAAACACCCCGUUGCUCAGGGAUGAUGCAAGCAGUGAUGACUCCCAAGAUGAAGAUUACAAGACUCGGUGGAGGUCUAUCCGAGUCAUGUACUUCACCAUGUUUCUCAGCAGUGUAGGUUUCACUAUUGUCAUCACAUCCCUGUGGCCCUAUUUGCAAAAGGUUGAUUGUGGUGCCAACGCCAGCUUUUUGGGAUGGGUGGUGGCAGCCUACAGUCUGGGCCAGAUGUUGGCUUCACCCAUUUUUGGCCUUUGGUCCAACCACCGGCCGCGCAGGGAGCCAUUGGUGUGUUCCAUCCUCAUCAACCUGUCGGCCAACAUCUACUACGCCUACGCAUACCUGCCCGCAAGCAGUAACAAGUUCCACAUCCUGGUGUCCAGAGCCUUCGUGGGCUUUGGAGCAGGAAAUGUUGCAGUGGUGAGGUCCUAUGUGGCUGGAGCUACAUCACUGAAGGAGAGGACCAAUGCUAUGGCAAACAUGAGUGCCUGUCAGGCCCUGGGCUUCAUCCUGGGACCAGCUCUGCAGGCUGGCCUUUCAUUCAUCGGAGAGAAUGGAGUCACAGUAAAGGUGAUAGACCUACAGCUCAACAUGUACACAGCUCCGGCUUUACUGGCUGCACUGUUUGGCGUCAUCAACAUCCUGCUGGUUAUUUUAGUGCUGAGAGAACACCGUGUUGAUGACCAUGGAAGAUGCAUUCGAGCCAUCAACUAUUCAUCAGAAGAUCAAGAUGACAUUAGUGAAGAAAGUGAAGAGAGCAUUGACCAAGUAGCCGUGCUGACUUCCAACAUCCUCUUCUUCAUCGUCAUGUUCAUCUUUGCCGUCUUUGAGACAAUUGCCACCCCUUUGUCCAUGGACAUGUUCGCUUGGACAAGGAAAGAAGCUGUGUUAUACAACGGCAUCAUCAUCUGCGGUAUUGGAUUUGAAUCCAUAUUGGUGUUUCUAGUUGUAAAAGUGGCAUCACAAAGGUUCGGGGAUCGCCCUGUGUUGCUAGCAGGCUUGGCCAUUAUAUUCUGUGGUUUCUUUAUUCUGCUUCCAUGGGGGAAUCAUUACCCUAAAAUCCAGUGGGCAGACCUCAAAAACAACUCCUUGUUGAGUCGGAUCUCUGAAGCCGUGGUAGCCUCGAACAGCUCUGUGGAGCCGACUGGCUGCCCGUAUGAACAGACAUGGUGCCAGUAUACUCCUGCCAUCCAUCUGGCCCAGUACAUCUCAUCUGACAUCCUCAUCGGGGUUGGAUACCCAGCAUGCAACGUGAUGUCUUACACACUGUAUUCCAAAAUCCUGGGACCCAAACCUCAGGGCGUGUACAUGGGCUGGUUGACAGCCUCUGGCAGCGGGGCGCGGACAUUGGGCCCAGUCUUUGUUUCUCAGGUCUACACCAUCCUGGGACCCCGCUGGGCCUUCAGCCUCAUCUGUGUCAUGGUGGUGGGAGCCAUCGUCCUCCUCAGCAGUGUUUACCAAAGACUCAUUGCUUUUUCCGUGCGACAUGGAAGGACUGUAGAGUAACAAGUGAAGGUUCCCACUGGAGAUUCUUAAAGGUUAUUCAGGUUAUAAUGAAGGCUCUUUGUUGCUUUUGCUUACGUUAAAAUGUGGCAACUGAGAGUUUGUGACUCAGGGUUGACCUUUGAACUCGAAGAGAUAAGGCCAGGUUAUUUCUCAUGACUUAACCAAAGAUGGCUGCUACGCAAGUUCAAAGGGAGCGAGAUGUGCAGCUGAGGUUUCACUCAGUUGUUGUGAAAGAAGCCAUGUGAUGCCUUUUCAUAAUCAUGUGUGGCAUCGCCUUGUGUGAGGUGGGUCCAUGAUAUCAGCCAUUUUUGUAGUUUUAAAUCGAUGAGUUACUGAACGCACAAGUUUUAUGUAAUUGCAUCGUUGGUCUUAAAGGCAAAUUCAUUUUAACAUUUUUAAUACCCAGAAAACUUCAGCAAAGCCUUUGUAAGACCAGAAGAGGUUCUCAGAAUGUCUUUGCAUUCAAUUUUAAUAUUAAAUUGUGAAGUGUGCGGUCAUAGAGACUUUGCAUAGGAAGAAACAUAACCUAAUCAAGGGUUCUUAAAAAAAUAAAUGCUAUUGUUUGAUAUUUUGCUUUUAACAACAUGAAAUGUGCUAUCUACUGAAUUAUGCUUGAUUUAUUGGAUGUGGCAUUCCCUAUACUUUAUGUACUGACUAAACACCUUCAAAAUUGUAUUUUGCUGUUUUAAAUGGAGAAAAUGGUUUUACUGUGCAAUAAUUGUUGUCGUGCAAGAAAUGUAGAGAGAACCAAACAUCACACAGGGGUUUGAAUGAAAAAUUGCCAGUGAAGUGUUUCCACAUUUAACUAUUCUCCUCUAAAGGAAUAUGUGAAUGAUAUUUUCCUAUUUCCGUUAGUGGCUCCACAGUGGUUGUUUAUAAACUAAAAGUUGUUGUCCAACUGAAAUCAUUCACAAAGUGAUGUGUGAUGAAUGUGUGGGUGCUUAUGAUUUACUGAGUGACGCAUUAAAGGAUUCGUAUGAUUUUAAA